AUGAGUAGUUAUAACUGGAGGGAUACUGAUAUCUGCAAGCUGCUGACCGUCAUGGGAUGGAAGGUGAUGCAGUCGCAUUUAACGAAGACGGGGAAAGAGUGCGAUCUACGAGAAAAUACCAGAAGAACUUUCCUUACGCUGCUUGAAGACGUCAAUGACAUCAGAGACUGCAGCACGCAGCGCGGCGCCACCUCGGAGAGUCUGCGUGUGGACGCCCCUGGCUCCUCCCACAUGUCAAGUCACAGCGGGGAGCUGCGCAUCCUGAGCAUUUACGGACAAGGGGAGGGCCCACUGGCGGUGGACGUCCAUAACACCCUUUUUGCCGCGUCAGAACCGGAGGCCUUGAGCUCGCUGUCCGCUGACCACAGCGUGGCCAAGAGCCUGAACUGCAGCGUGAGGCUCGUCCGCCUUGAGGAGCUGACUGGGCAUCAGGGCGGCCGCAAGGGCCGGCCCGGUGUCUUGUGUGGAAAGGUUAUUCCCAACAAGGCCAAUAUGAUGAGGACCCAUAACGACGAGAAGCCCUACAAGUGUGACCAAUGCACAAAGCGCUUCAGUGAUAGCUACGCCCUGAAGAUCCACAUGAGAACUCACUCUGGGGAGAAGCCCUACAGGUGUGACCAAUGCAUGAAGUGCUUCAGUCUGAAAGGCCACCUGAAUAGACACAUGAGGACUCACUCUGGGGAGAAGCCCUACAGGUGUGACCAAUGCAAGAUGCGCUUCAGACAGAAAGGCCACCUGAAAUUCCACAUGAUGAUUCACUCCGGCGAGAAGCCCUACAAGUGUGAUCAAUGCAUGAUGCGCUUCAGUCAGAAUUACAUCCUGAAGAACCACAUGAGGACUCACUCCGGGGAGAAGCCCUACAAGUGUGACCAAUGCACGAAGUGCUUCAGUGAGAAAGGCACCCUGAAUAAACACAUGAGGAGUCACUCCGGGGAGAAGCCCUACAGGUGUGACCAAUGCAGUAAGCGCUGCAGUCGGAGAGAUGUCCUAAAUAUCCACAUGAGGACUCACUCCGGCGAGAAGCCCUACAAGUGUGACCAAUGCCCGAUGUGCUUCAGUCACAAAAGCAACCUGAAGAUCCACAAGAGGACUCACUCCGGUUAGAAGCCCUGCCUGUUAGUGCAUUGCAACGCCAGCUACAGCGACCCAAGCAAUUUCAGUGUGCACAUGCUCAAGCACACGGGCAAUGGGGUGCUUUCACACAGGGUAACGGGGCGCUUUGAUUGAGACCUCUGUCCGGUAUGUGUCGAAAUUACUGCUUUUAGUUUUUCUUUUCAUCAGGAUUAAACACUUUCCUGCUUUUGA